CGGGCGGAAGGCGGCGGAGCGAAGAUGGCAGAGCCGGAGGCGCAGCUGCUGCGGGCCGUGGGGCUGAUCGAAAAAGACACCAACGGAGAUGUUUUGUGGGUUUGGUGUUAUCCGUCGGUAACAGCGGAACUGAGGACUCUGCUGCUGCGAAAGUGCUGCCUUACAGAUGAAAACCAACUGCUCCACACGUUUGUGUUCGGCCAGUAUAAAAGGUCUUGGUUCUACAUCACAACGGUAGAAGUUCAAGAUUCUCCAGCCUUGAAGAAGGUGACCCACUUCUCCAUUGUCCUGACAGCCAAAGACUUCAACCCAGAGAAAUAUGCAGCCUUCACCAGGAUCCUCUGCAGAAUCUACCUGAAGCAUGGAAGCCCAGUUAAAAUGAUGGAGAGUUACAUUGCAGUCCUCACAAAGGGCAUCUGCCAAAGUGAAGAAAAUGGAUCCUUCCUCAGCAAGGACUUUGAUGCUCGGAAGGCUUACCUUGCUGGCUCCAUCAAAGAUAUAGUGUCUCAGUUUGGAAUGGAAACAGUUAUUUUAUAUACUGCACUGAUGUUAAAGAAGAGAAUUGUAGUGUACCAUCCUAGAAUAGAAGCUAUCCAGGAAUUUACCAGGACUUUGCCUGCUUUAGUGUGGCAUCGACAAGACUGGUCAAUUCUUCAUUCAUAUGUGCAUCUAAAUGAGGAGGAACUGGAAGCCUUAAAAGCCUGCACAGGUUACAUUGCUGGAUUUACAGACUCUGAAGUGAGCAGUAGAUCCGACCUCUAUGAUGUCUAUGUGAAUUUGGCAGACAGUGAGAUUACAGUUUCACCUGUAGUAAAAGAGGCAAUGACAAUGGGAAAACUUCACAAAGAAAUUGGACAACUAAUUGUUCAGUCUGCAGAAGAUCCAGAUAAAUCAGACAGCCAAGUCAUUAAGGACAUUUCUCUGAAGACAAAAGAAAUCUUGGCUACUUUAGCCUCACUUACUGAAGUUUCUGAUGGCAAUGAAAAACCAACCCUUAAUGCUGAGGCCCUGAAACAAAAGCGAUUUCCACCAGCCACAGAAAAUUUCCUUUUUCAUUUAGCAGCUGCUGAACAAAUGCUCAAAAUCUGAUUUUGAUGCACUGCAGUGUUAUGGACCAAUUCUGAAAAAGCUGUCUCUGCCAUCCAGAUAGGUAUACCUGGUAUUUUAUAUGAAAACUAAAGGUAUGAGUCAAUGUCCUAGUUACUGAUGUAAUGCAGAAUAUUGGAGCUUGACUGGGAACAUAUGGAGACAUAUUUGGGAACAUUCCUGGUGUCAUUAUCUCCCCCAACUCUCACUGUGUACCUAUGGCUCCUGUGUUUCACCCCACAGAGCGAGUGGGUGUACAAGUAGCACAGGCCAGUGUGUCCAGGCUGUGUGUCCAGCAGUGUAGUGGCUGUUUGUCCUGCACACUGCAGAGGCUGGACAGCUCUGACUUGUCUGCCUGGGGUCUGGAACACGGCUGCAGCACAGCUGGGAUGUGCUGAUCUCUGCACAGGACACCUGAACAUGCUCUGAGUGCUCCUUCUGGGCUUCCAGGGAUGCCAGCCUGGUGUCAGAUGCUGCUCCUGCUCUGGACUGCCUGGUACCUGGAAAUCCCAAAUAAAUGGACAAGUUCUCUAUUUCUACUUGAAAGUGUCUAGGUGUGAAUAAAGGAUGUCUGGGAAAAUCUG